AUGAGAAUAUCACCAUGUGUAGGCACCCAGAUAUCCUGAAGAGCUACAAUAUCAAAACAGUACCUCAUAAGGCUGAAUGCAUCUCAAAAUUUCCUUCACGUAUAACUGAAGAUCUUUAUAUUCACUUUCAGUCCAUUAGCAAUUCAACAUUUAACAACUCUUUGAACAACUUAACAAAAAAUUCAGAACAUGAACUUCUUGGGAAAAGUUGGGCUUUUCUUGUUGGUGUUGUUGUCACUGCACUGAUGACUUCACUCCUCAUCUUUACUGCUAUCAAAUGCCCAAUAUGGUAUAAUUUCCUGCUUAGUUACAAUCAUCAUCGCCUAGAAGAGCAUGAAGUAGAAACCUAUGACAAUGGUUUUCCUGGAAAUCCAAGUUCUCUUUCACAGAUACCAGCUAUAAACUCUGAAGACACGGUAAUAUUUGAACAAUUACAUUCAUUUGUUGCGGAUGAUGAUGGGUUUAUUGAAGACAAAUAUAUAGAUACCCAUGAAUUAUGUGAAGAAAAUUAAUUUCUUUUGAUGUUUAAUUUAAAAAAACGUUAUCAGUCUAUUCAUAGUUUAGACAUGGAGAUUCUCAUAUGUGACAUACCAAACUAUAGCUAGUAGACCUUCAGCAAUUACAACAUACAUAAAUAUCAUAAAAUUAUGUUUUUCUCAUUGUAUUGAGUAGGUCCAAAUACAGUAGCUGACACUCCUUGGUAGCUAACAGUUACAUAGUUAGUCCACAAUAGUAGCACUACUAUUCUGAACAGGAUUCGGGAAACCAUAUAGACUAGUAAGAAGAAGCUCUACAGUCAAUUAUUCAUUAAUUAAAAUGAAUGGAUUCUCAUAUUAACACAGAUAUUUGAUAUAAUAUGUAUUAAGUUAUACUGAGGGUCCAAAUAGUAAAGAAAUAAAGGUUUUGGAUUUAUAUUAUGAAUCAAAGUGAAGAACAGAGCCUAAACAACAUACUAAGAUUGAUUUUAUGCUCACAGAGUGAAUCCAUAGAGUUGGAAAAUAUGUUUUUAAAUGCUUCCUGAAUUUGAAAAUAAAUUUUGUUAAAGUUUAGUAGCAAUUUAAAGCAUAGGCACAAUGUUCAGGCAUAAUCCCUAGUAAGUUACUACUGAUUUGGGUUAUAAAGAAAGGCUAUCACCAUAAUGCGGGAUGGCCACAAUUUAGUACCAUGGUGGCUUCCAAAGUGGGCAUCGCAAUUAUCUGUGAAUCUUGUUUUUAAAAAUAUACAUUUCUGCCUCUCUCCGGGAGAUUUUUAUUCAAAUGGGUCUGUGCUGGGGCUCAGGAAUCUUCAGGUGGUCCACAAACAGCUGUUUCUAUCUAUCCAGCAGAUAGAAUAAUGUUUCCCAAAUUGUUUUCUAGAAUACUAAUUUCCAGAAAGACAUUCAGAAGUAUUUACAGGAAAAGAAAAGGGUACAUGGUCAAAUUACUAUAGGAAACACUGGGUUUAAACAAAGUGAAACAAGAUUUUUUUACU